GAGCUUAGGAAACUUGGGUGGUGACCAAAGAGAGAGAAGCUUUAGAUAGUUUUGAAAUGGAAGGAGCAGCCCAGAUGGCUUUGCCCAUUCUGGGAAUAGUUGCAGCCGCCGCUGUGACAUUCUAUGCUGUUAGCUUCUCAGAGCUACGUGAGAAGUCUUUCAACGAGUUGGAGGACCCGGAGGAAACAGAGAGUGGGGGUGGAUUCAGGUCCUCGGCCAGCUCCAGGGAGCGAAGAGCCAAGAGAAAAGCCGAGAAAGAGGCCCGGAAGUGAUGCUAUGAUACCAUGGAAAACGCGCAGUUGAAUUAUUGAACCCUACUCUUCUUUUCUUCUUCCUUUUUUUUUUUGUGAUUACUUAUGCGCUUCUUGCGAGAGAGCAUCUGCUAGUUGGCAGAAUUAGUGUAACAGAGCAACCUCGCACGAAAAAAGAACUUAGUGUACUGGUUGUUAGGUGUGGUAAUGUUCCAACGAAAAAAUUAUGAAUAAGCUGUUUGUUUCUUUUUCC